AGUCGGCGAUCCGAGGCGGCCGGCGACAGUGGCUGCCGACGCGCUGUUCAAACGGCACGUGGUCACCCGUAGACACGAACACACCCGCGUGACACAGCUCGAGUAGACGAACGCAAACCAUUUGUACACACGUGCCCGAGUAAGCUCACUCACGUACUUAGACGUAUGAAUAGGUCCUACACGCAUACUCGAGCUGAUCCACGAACGCGCACGUGACUCGAAGAAGUGACGAAAUCAUCGACAGUUUAAACCUAAAACCAGAAAUUAUGACAAUGGACGUCAAAGCUAGUCAAGUAGCGGCAAGCACAGCUACCAAAUCGAGUGGGAAUGUCGGUGCUUCCGCUGCAACGGGAGGCCAGGAAUGCGCUGGAUGUGGCAAACACAUAACGGAUAGGUUCUUGCUGAAGGCACUCGACCUGUUCUGGCACGAAGACUGUCUAAUGUGCGGAUGCUGCGGCUGUCGGUUGGGUGAGGUUGGGUCCACACUGUACACCAAGGCGAACAUGAUCCUGUGUAAAAAGGACUACUUCAGGAUGUUCGGCAACAAGGGCAUGUGCGCCGCGUGCUUCAAAGACAUACCCGCGUUUGAGAUGGUCAUGCGGGCCCGCAGCAACGUGUACCACUUGGAGUGCUUCGCGUGCCAGCAAUGUAACCACAGAUUUUGUGUCGGGGACCGCUUUUAUCUGUGCGAAAACAAAAUACUAUGUGAAUAUGAUUUUGAAGAGAGAAUGGUAUUCGCAAACAUGGCUUACAAUCCAGCAACUUUGGCUCAGUUAAAACGGCAUGCCACACAUAUACCGCCAGCGAUCGGUGCAGGAGGCAGAGCGGACUUACCUAUGACAGCGGGAAGUAAUGGGACCGGUGACCGUCGUACCACACCAACCGACUCCCAUCACCACGGAAAUCAUCAUCAUGGACAUCAUCACGGAGCACCCACCAGUAACGGGCACCAGUUCGGUGGUUCAGGCGCCACCACAAAUGGCGAUCAGCCUCAACUUCAAUUGUACGACGUAAAGUGAUGACGCAAAAACACCUACAAUUUCUCUUAGUAUUGCUCUUUUUAAAUUCGAUUUUAGAAUUAUUAUUUGUUAUUAGUUAUCCAGAAGUACAUUCUCGGUGGCUAAACACUAUUUCCAAUCAAUCCCAUUUGUUACUGACAGGAUGCGCUGUUCAGCUAGUCAUUACGUUUUAAGAAUAUUACUUUUUAUAAACGCAACAUUUUUUUGUUUAUUUAUUUAUUUUUUCAUUAGUUAAGACGUGAGAAAUAAAACCAACGCCAUUUUAAACGAUACUCACGCAUCGGCGAGUUUUCGAACGAGCCAUGCCAAUAAAAUUUUAGCCUUAUUAUACAUUUACAAUAUUGGAUCUAAUUUUUAAAAAUAUGUAUAAAGGUAUAUAUACAAUUUAAAAUUCCUUU